UCAAAUAGAAGAGAAACGAAAAAAUUUUCACCAACCAAGACUUGAGCAAAUUAGCAAAAAGUUGUUAAAAUUGUUUGGAAAAUUAUAUAAAAAAGUGAAAAGUUAGAAAUACCCCCUGCAAUAAUGAAUUUAUCAUAAACAUUGGGAGUAUUAACGAAGCCAGUGACGAUAGUGAAAGUUUUGCAAAAGCUGGCAGUGGGCAGAGUGCAAUAAGAAGAUAGUGAAAAAAGAAGGCAAAGGCAAUAGGUAGUGCAGCACCGAGCAGAAGUCAAAAAGGCAAUACGGGUACAAGGCAAGCAAGCAGUGAAAAAACGGGAGGCAGUGCACGAAAGGAAAGUGACUGAAAAGAAAACUAGAGAAGGAGUAUACGGAUAGCAAAGAAAAAAAAACUACAAUAAAGAAGUGCGGAUAUAAACGAAAUAUCAUUAAAUACGAAAAACCUGAAUUACGCAGGCAAAGUGAAAUUCACACACCAAACAAAAUAAACAUUGGAGAGGUGUAGCCUCUAUUUAGUGGUGUAGUGUCCGGGAUAACUGCUCAGACCUUGAGCAUUUAUAUCUAAUAGAAGCAUAAGUUAAAACAGUUAAGCAUAAAAAUAUGUCUUCGAAUAAUCAAUCAACCGUCACUCAGGGUGUGAACCCCAAUCCAAAUUCGGCAACAGCUAGUGGGGCAACAAGUGCGGCUACGGAUCAACGCAAUGCUCCAACAGAAACUCAAUCUACUGCAGGCAGCAGCAGUGGCACAACGCCUGCCGGUGGACAAGCGGAUAGUCCAACACGAGUUGCGAAAACACCUGCUGUCAAUACAAAGGAACGCGUAAUUGACAACGUUCCAUUUCCACCCAGCCACAAGUUAACUAUGGCAGAGGUUUUUGAUCUGCGAACUGGUAAACCAAAUCACGACGUAUUAAAGCAACAUUUCAUUCUUGAAGGUCGCAUAGAGGAGGCCCCUGCAUUGCGAAUUAUUCAAGAAGGUGCCGCUUUGCUGCGCCAAGAGAAAACUAUGAUAGACAUCGAGGCGCCAGUGACAGUAUGUGGCGAUAUACAUGGACAGUUUUAUGACCUCAUGAAAUUAUUCGAAGUAGGAGGGUCACCAGCAUCCACCAAAUACCUCUUCCUUGGUGAUUACGUGGAUCGAGGCUAUUUUAGUAUUGAGUGCGUUUUGUAUUUGUGGUCACUGAAAAUCACCUACCCGAAUACAUUAUUCUUGCUGCGUGGCAAUCACGAAUGCCGUCACUUAACAGAGUACUUCACUUUCAAGCAAGAGUGCAAGAUUAAAUAUUCGGAACGGGUGUAUGAUGCUUGCAUGGAGGCUUUCGAUUGUUUACCCCUAGCGGCACUAAUGAACCAACAGUUUCUGUGUGUCCAUGGCGGUUUGUCACCCGAGAUUCACGAGCUGGAGGAUAUACGCCGUCUGGAUAGAUUUAAGGAGCCACCAGCAUUCGGUCCAAUGUGUGAUUUAUUGUGGUCAGAUCCCUUAGAAGAUUUCGGCAAUGAGAAAAAUUCGGACUUUUAUUCGCACAACUCGGUGCGCGGCUGUUCAUAUUUCUACAGCUACGCUGCCUGCUGUGACUUUUUGCAAAACAACAAUCUUCUAUCGAUUAUACGUGCGCAUGAGGCGCAGGACGCCGGCUAUCGUAUGUAUCGCAAAAGUCAAACCACUGGAUUUCCCUCACUAAUAACCAUCUUCUCGGCACCCAAUUACUUGGAUGUGUACAACAACAAAGCGGCAGUGCUGAAGUAUGAGAACAAUGUGAUGAACAUCAGACAAUUCAACUGCUCUUCACAUCCAUAUUGGCUUCCGAAUUUCAUGGACGUAUUCACAUGGUCUUUGCCAUUUGUGGGCGAGAAAGUAACCGAGAUGUUGGUGAAUGUUUUGAAUAUUUGCUCGGACGAUGAACUUAUGACCGAGGAGAGUGAAGAACCGCUAUCCGACGACGAGGCGGCGUUACGCAAAGAAGUCAUACGGAAUAAAAUUCGUGCGAUCGGUAAAAUGGCGCGUGUAUUCUCAGUGCUACGUGAGGAGUCUGAAUCUGUAUUACAAUUGAAAGGGCUCACACCAACCGGUGCACUGCCAUUGGGUGCACUAUCCGGUGGCAAACAGUCAUUGAAGAAUGCGAUGCAAGGCUUCUCACCCAAUCACAAGAUCACUUCGUUCGCCGAAGCCAAGGGACUGGAUGCGGUGAACGAACGCAUGCCGCCGCGGCGGGAUCAACCGCCAACACCCAGUGAAGAGCAUAUUAAUAGUCAGGGAGCAACAGCUGCGCAUAAUGGGUAAUUAGUCUAAGGUGUGUAAGUAAUUGAAUAAUUCAUAUGCAAUAGUAAACGAGAUUUGAGAGACGUGUAAAGGGGUGCAUGAAAAUUUGAAAUGUGGAAUUCGUUCAAAUGUGGAAUGCGUUUAAAUUAUACAUCUUGUUAAAUACCAAUUAUGAAUUCAUUGAAGUUUAAAGUUAAUGAUGAAAUUGAUAAAUAUAAACAUAAAACAAAUAAAAUAAAUCAAUAUUUAAGCAGAGCACUUAUUGCAAAACAAACAAAAACAAGUUUGGUUGUUGUAAGAAUAAUUGACUUUAUUUUGCCUUGUAAGUUGAGGAAGAAUUUAUCUUUACAAGAAAAUGCCAGUCAAAAAUACUUUCGAACAAUACUACAAGAUAAGUUACGAUCCACAAAAUAAUUUAUACCUAUUUUUUAUGUGCAAAGUGAAAAUAUAUUACAAGUUUGAGGACCCAGUUAAA